UAAUGAGUGUCUAAUUCGCAUCGAAUAGUUGUGUCGAGUGGUAGCCAGUCUUUCCAUCUGACGACCCGUAAACUGUCACUGUCAUUGUGUAUGAAACUAACGACCGGGCAAAGAAACUAACAAUUGUCCAUCCAUUAGAACAGUCAGCAUUUCAGUUUUAUAAGCAACAAUGAAUAAACGUGUGGUAUCCUCGUUACUACUACUGCCGUUGUGGUCAAAUUUGGUUUUAGGCCAACAAUACAACUCAACUCAACUGCAACAGCAGCCAAAUCAGCCAGGACUUGUUGCUUUGCCCUCAUCACUAAACAGUGUUGUUAGAAAUCUAGCAAACAUGCCUGAGAAACGUGUGGCCCCCACCAUCGAUAAUGCUGAGGAUUUUGAUUUGAAAUUACCUGGAUUUUUGAAUAAAAACAAAACCCUAGCUAUACUUCUCGACUACGAUGGCACUCUUGCUCCCAUUGCUGAUAAUCCCAACAAAACCGUUAUGCCUAUUACCACCGAAGUUGUUUUGAAUAAACUGGCCAAGCAUCCCAAUGUCUUUAUGGCCAUCAUUUCAGGUCGUGGCAUCAAGGAUGUACAAAUCCGUGUCGGCAUCUCUGGCAUCAUGUAUGCCGGCAAUCAUGGCAUUGAGAUCGAAAGACCUGAUGGCAGCCGACACGAUUAUCAACUACCCAUCGAAGUUCAAGAGAAUUAUACCAAACUUGUUAAGGAACUAAGAGCCAAUGUGGAAAAGAACAAUGCUUGGGUGGAGGAUAAACGUGUUUCGUUGACCUAUCACUAUCGCGAUACUCCACUGGAUAUUAAAGAAUCUCAGAAGCAAGUGGCAGUUAAGAUCAUCGAAUCGCAUGGCUUCAGAGCCAAUCAGGCCCAUGAAGCCAUAGAGGCCAAGCCCCCGGUAAAUUGGAACAAAGGUGAGGCGGCUUUAUUCAUACUGAAACAGCAAUUUGGCGAAAAUUGGGCCGAUGAUGUCAAGGUGGUGUUUGCUGGUGAUGAUACUACCGAUGAAGAUGCCAUGAGAUUACUCCAAGGUGUCGGCAAAUCAUUUAGAAUAUCCACAGAUCCUCAAAUCCAAACAUUUGCCGACUUCAGAUUAUCACGCCAAGAUUUAGUCAGCGAUCUAUUGAAAUGGUUAUCCAGUGCCUAUGGACUUUAAAGUAGUUAUGUUAUGUAAUUAGUUUGUAAUUAUACCCUUUUAUUUGUAUGUAGCAAAGAUUGUUAGAUUUAAGUGUUAACCUAUGUUCAUUUAUAAAAAAAUGGAAUUGUAUUUAAUUUCUGAUGAAGAUGGAAUAAGCAUCCUUGCAUUGUUUUCUAAAAAAAAGUCAUUGUAUUUUGCUGUACAUUAAGAGGAUGUCCUCAACAUUCUCUUCUAUCUGUCACAAAAGAAGUUUUUUAAGAAAUAUAACAGUACUAGAAUUUAUAUCAAGGACGAGAAAUAA